AUGAAGAAGUCCCUUGACUCCCCAGCUGGAGAGUAUGUACAAUACGCAUUCUGGUUCCCCCUGUUCACAGUAUCCUCCGUUGCAAUGGUCAUCCUCAACAAGUAUUGCGCGGCAUCUUUCCCACAACCAUACAGUCUCCUAGCGUUUCAGAACACAAUGACUAUCGUUCUCAACCUGAUUGGCCUUCAACUCGGAGUGUUCAACAUGCGGAGCUUCACAGCACAACAGUUCAAGAUGUUCGCGAUCCCUUCGGUGCUGUUUGUCGGAAUGCUUGUGACGAGCCUCCGUGGGCUACCUCUUGUGUCUGUAGCGACGACUGUUGUUUUCCGAGCUCUCAGCACGUGUGUGGUUGCCUUCGGCGAUUUCCUCUUCUUUUCGAAGAAGUUCAAUGCAGCGGAGGUCCUCUGCUUGUCCCUGGUGGUGGUUGGCGGUGGCUUAUACAGUCUCGGAGAUCUGUCGUUUCACCCGACAGGGUAUGGGUGGAUGUUUGCGAACAUGACGAUGUUUGUGUCAUCGCAGCUGUAUGAGAAGUAUGCUGUUGUGUGCAUGGAUCAGAAGACCGAUACGCUGACGAAGACAGGAAUUUUCCUUAGCGGCAUCGCGGGCUGCGCACUGAGUGUCUGUUACAUGAGUUUGGCCAAGUUCGCUUCUGCGACUGCCAUCUCACUCACAGGAAAUCUGAACAAAGUGAGUCUUUUUGUUGCGGCCUCGAUGGAAGAGGUUGAAAUCGUAAUUCCCGUGUUCAUCUCAGUGCUGCGAGGAGGAAGGCUCUACCUGUUCAUGCUCCUCAUGAUCGUCUUUGCGGUCAACACGUGGGACAUUGGUGGCAAGAUCGCCUACCUCGACGUCAAGAAGGAGAUCAGGAAGGAGCUUGACUUCCUCCUCCGCAAGUCCGGUGGCAUUGGCAAGGGCACGCUGCGACUGUUUGCGGGGCGCAACAGGACGGCAACAGCUGGGCUUGACGAGGACCUCCAGCUUUCGAUCUCGAUUCGGGGAAUGAAGACGAGAUCGUUUUCCAGCGAGAAGCAGCAGGAGCUUGCAAGGACGAUCUCCCGAUUCUUCCAGGCCAAAGACGGAGACGUGGAGCUGAACAUCCUCAGCGAGUGA